AUUGUUAAUAAGCGAUAACAGUUUGAUACCUACUGUUGUUUGUAAUACAAGCCAGAUGUUUCGCUGAGACGGUCAUGGAUUGUGUCACGUUUAAAGUUAACGGAGAGGAACAUUCAGUUGGGAGCGAUGUUAGCUCCACUACAACCUUGCUGGAGUACCUCCGCACGAGGCUGGAGCUGCGCGGCACCAAGUACAUGUGUCUGGAGGGAGGCUGCGGCGCCUGCAUCGUCAGCGUUGUCAAGUGCCCGGGUUCAAAUAUGGAAGCUGUUAAUUCAUGCCUGGUAUCAGUGACGUCAUGCCAGGGUUGGGAAGUCAGCACCAUAGAGCAUGUCGGCAACCGCCUGAAGGGCUACCACCCGCUGCAGACCACCCUCGCAGGGAGCAACGGCUCGCAGUGCGGCUACUGCAGCCCGGGGUGGGUCAUGUCUAUGUACAGUCUUUUAGAUAGUAAGCCGACGAUGCUGGAAGUAGAGAGAUCACUUUCCAGUAACAUCUGCCGAUGUACUGGAUACAGACCUAUACUGGAGGCAUUCAGAAAGUUUGCCAGUGAUUGUCCAGAUGAAGCCAAAUUGGCAGACAUCGAGGAUUUGCAGUUAUGUACAAAAACUAAAGAAACUUGCUCAAAAGAAUGCGAUGACCGUGAAUGGUGUUUAUUAUCAAAAGAUGCGUUAGAAGAUAUUGUAAGAAUAAAAUUAAAAGAUGGCAGACAAUGGUUUGGAGUGUGUACAGUAGCGGAUAUAUUCAAUGUUCUACGUACAGAAGGGAGGGAUUCUUACAUGUUAGUUGCUGGAAAUACUGGAAAAGGAGUAAUACCUAUACUUGAGUAUCCUAGAAUUUUGAUUGACGUCAGUCGAGUAUCUGAACUUAAAGGAUACUUGGUAGAUCAAAAUUUAGUUGUCGGAGCUGGAACAACCCUGACAAAGUUUAGGGAAAUUUUGGAAGAAGCUUCACAUUCUGGGAGUUUUGCAUACCUUAGUGUUUUGAACGACCAUCUUGACUUGGUUGCUCAUGUUGCUGUUAGAAAUUUAGGUACGAUAGCAGGGAAUCUGAUGCUAAAACAUCAAAACAACAAGUUCGCUUCAGAUAUUUUUGUACUUUUUCAAGCAAUUGGUGCUAAAAUUACUCUAGCGCUUGCACCUGGUGUAACAAAAGUUGUUACUCUAAAGAAUUUUCUCGUUGAAAAUAUGAUAGGAAAAUUAAUAUUAAACAUCGUACUCCCACCGCUCAGCCGAAACAAUAGAUUAGUAACGUACAAGAUAGCAGCACGAUCUCGAAACGCUCCCGCAAUAGUUAACGCUGUAUUUAUCUUUAGAUAUAAAUCAGACAACCUGGCACGAAGCUGUAGAAUCGUAUAUGGUGGCUUAUCUCCAAACUUUAGUCGUGCCAGAAACACUGAGAAAAGUCUUAUUGGAAAGAAUCUCUUUCAGAAUGCUGUCCUGCAAGAGGCUUUACGUGUUUUAUCAAAAGAACUUAUAGUGACAGAAAAUCCACCAGAACCUUCGGCGCGAUAUAGAAAACAGUUAGCUAUUGGUUUGUUUUAUAAGGCUCUAUUAUCUUUAUGUCCAAAAAACAUUAUACAUCCACGUUACAUGUCUGGUGCUGGUAAAAUACACGACUCUCGACCAAUAUCUAAAGGCACUCAAGUUUUUGAAACAAACCAAGACCUAUGGCCUCUUAAUCAGCCAAUACAAAAAAUAGAGGCACUGAUCCAGUGUGCAGGCGAGUCCGAAUAUGCAGAAGAUGUGCCUUCGAUGCCAAGAGAAGUUUUUGCUGUUUUUGUGCUCAGUGAUGUCGCUUUAGGGACCAUAGAGAACAUAGACGCUAGCGAAGCUUUAAAACAACCUGGAGUAGUAGCGUUUUAUAGUGCCAAAGAUAUUCCUGGUGUUAAUGCAUUUACGUCUGAUCUUUUGCCAUUCAUUAUAAAAAGUGAAGAAUUACUUUGUAGCGGCGAUGUUUUAUAUUUCAACCAACCAAUAGGAAUUAUUGUAGCAGAAACAAACUAUAUGGCAAAUAGAGCAGCAACGAUGGUAAAAGUAAAAUACUGCAAUGUGAGGAAGCCAGAAAUUGAUGUAAAGUUAAAUAAAAAUAACCCCAAUAAAACUAAAUUAUAUCGUGCGAUCCAAGCAACCAAGGUUGGCAAUAAUGUAAUUAAAGUCAUUAAAGGCAAUCACACAGUAUACGGACAGAAUUACUUCUGUUUGGAGACUUUGAAUUGUACUUGUAAGCCAACUGAGGAUGGAUUGAUACUACAACCUUCGUCACACUAUGUUAACUGUGAUCAUUUGUUAACAUCACGGUGUCUUAAUAUCGAGGAAAGUAGGAUUGAAGUAAAAUCACACAGACUCGGAGGAAGUUUUGGAUUAAAACAAAGUAGACAAAGCCAGAUAAGUGUCGCCUGUAGUCUUGUCGCUUACAAGUUAAAUAGGCCUUGUAGGUUCAUUACGCCACUACGAACUCAAACUCGCGCUAUAGGAAAAAGAAUGCCAGCUUCCACCGAUUUUGAAGUUGGAGUGAAUGCUGAAGGCGUUAUUCAAUUCAUAAAUUAUGAUAUUUACAAUGAUAACGGAUGCGAUGUGGCUGAACUUAUUAUAGAAGUGAUUUUAGUAAAUUACUUUAAUUGCUACAAUAAAGAAGAAUGGAAUUUCAAAUGCUAUACUGUUAUCACUGACACUGCCUCAAAUUCGUGGUUUCGAUCGCCUGGAAUUGUUGAAACGGUAUCGGCUACAGAAAUGAUUAUUGAAAGAAUAGCAUAUGAACUUGACCUAGAUCCAAUCGACGUACGUUUAAAAAACUUAGACAAAAAGAACCAUAACGAUCUUGCAGAAAUGUUCAAUACUCUAAAAGUUAACUCUGACUAUGAAAAAAGAAGAUAUGCUGUUGAUAAAUUUAAUAUGGAAAAUAGAUGGAGGAAACGUGGCUUAAGAUUUACUUUCAUGAAAUGGUCUGCAGCACUUCGUUUUGUGAUGAAUGUUAUAAUGUCAGUUUAUAUAGAUGGAACAGUUGCAAUCACUCAUGGCGGAGUUGAAGUGGGUCAAGGCAUCAACACAAAAGCUGCUCAAAUCUGUGCAUAUUUCCUAAACAUACCAAUUAACAAAAUCCAUAUAAAACCGUAUAGUACUACAACACAUCCAAAUAACUCUGCAACUUCAGCUAGUUUUACAUCUCAAAAUGUUGGUAUAGGAGUUCAAAGAUGUUGUGAAGAGCUAUUAAAAAGAUUAGAACCUGUAAAAGCACAAAUGAAAAACCCUUUAUGGGAGCAACUUAUAGGAGAAGCUUUUAAAUUAGGCGUCAACUUGCAAACGAAUUCAUUUGUAGGAUUUAAUGAUACAAAUACAGAAAAUACAAUAUAUGGGGUGACUUUGGCUGAGGUCGAAAUAGAUAUUUUAACGGGUCAGUGGGAGAUUCUGCGAGUCGAUUUAAUGGAGGACGUGGGGCGUAGUGUUAGUCCUUCUAUUGAUAUUGGCCAAGUUGAAGGUGCUUUUAUAAUGGGAGUAGGAUAUUGGACGACAGAAGAGCUGGUAUACGACCAAUGUACUGGAGAACUGCUAACAGAUCGAACCUCAAACUAUUACGUUCCGCAGGGCACAGAUAUACCACAAGAUUUUCGAAUUUAUUUCAGACAGAAAUCGUAUAGCAGUGACAAGGUUUUGGGAUCAAAAGCGGUAGGUGAGCCACCAACCUGUAUGGGUGUGGCGGUACCGAUAGCGAUGAGAGAAGCAAUCGCUUCAGCCAGAUCAGAUGGAGGAAUUCCCACCACUAAGUGGUUUCAGAUCGAUGGACCAUACACCGUUGAAAAAUUAUGCUUAGCGUGUGAGACCAACAUUGAAGACAUGAAAUAUUUUUGAUUUCAAUACAUAAUGGAAUAUUCUAGAUAUUAUAGUGACGAUAGGAAUACUCAGUAUAUAAUUAUACAUAAUGAUGUAACUGUCUGUGAUGUCUGUACAAAAUAACCGUGUUUUUCAUGUGCUAUUAAAACAUAAUCAAACUAAUUCAAAAUAA